AUGGUGGACCUGUCAGCAGCGACACAGCCCAGAAGGCGAGCAUUCAACCCAGUCAUGACAGACCUACGGAACCUUGGCAUCAAACACCAGUGGGGGUACCCAACAAAACUGCUGAUCACCAAAGGCGAAGAAACCGUCACCGUCCAUACCCCAGAAGAAGGGACAACUCUACUGAACGAAUGGGGCCUGAGGACCAAGCGACCUUCGAGUGCUGCUCCAUCCCCGCACCGCUCCACUCCUCCUGGCACAGCACAGGCUCAUGGACUGCGUCGAAAUGCGGCUCCCACCUAA